AUGAGUCUAAUCCAGUGUUCUUAUCUGAAAUCAGCUAUUAUUUUAAAAUAAGACGAAGAUAUUUCAGGUAGUAGAAUUCUCACUUUAGGGGUUAUUAAAGUCAACGAUACUAUGUAAACAAUAAAAGAUAUAGCUUAGAAAAAAUCACACUUUGCGAUAACAAAUGUAACAGAAAUAAUUGUAAAUACCGAUAAGAAAGUAACGCAAGUAAAUGUACUUAAGUUCUAGUUGAACUACACUGGUGCCCUACUUACAGUUUCAGAGAACUAAUGCGUUUAUGUCAUUAGAAGGGGUAAAGAGGAGAUCACUAUAGAAAGAGCAGAUAAGCUCAAAGAAGGGGACUUCCUUAUUGUCCAAUUACAUGCUACUUCUGCUGAGGUAUUGGUGACCAGAAUUAAUAAAAUAGAAAAAUUGAAAGUCAAUGCAAAUGACUUGGUUACAGUCAAGACAACAACUGGGAACUUCAUUGCCGAUUUUAUGGCAGUUAGUGAUAAGACUGAUGUAUGUCCUUAGGAUAAAAUUAAGCCCUUUCUACUGCAAGAAAGAAAAUAGUCUAAGAUACAAAUUUUCAUUGAGAAAUUAAAAUCUGCAGUAUUCAAAAUAAGUAAUCAAUGA